AAGACACCUGAAAUGAAAUGCAAAAAGAACAAAGGAAAUGUGACUUUUGGAAUACCACCUCAGUGGUCGGAACAAUUUGGAGUUCAGUUAAAAUGUUUUGGAAAACCUAAAGAUGUGUGUGUAUGCUGUAGUGAUAUUACAUUACAUGUACAAUUAAUGGCUUUGUAGUAUCAGGCUUGAACUGAUUGAUUCACUUUACAUUUGCACUGGAAACUGGAAGUCAACCAACAUCACAAAAGGGAUCUUGUUUGACUUUGAGAUUCCACUGUAAUUAUAAUUCUCUGAUUUAAUAUAGCCUAAUGUGUACUAUUUAUUGCAUUUUUUUGUGUGAAAAGCAACAAAAACAGUUGAAAAUGACGAUAAAAAAUAAACACCUGUAUAGCUGGUACUCUAUUCAUGUGAGUGAGUGCAGAUGGGCCCCGGCCACUCUAUGAGGAAACAAGCUCUCUUGUUUAAUUUAUUUUGCAAAGUGACUUUCAACAAAAUCCCAGAAAAGGUAAAUGAAUGAGCCUUUUCUGUUUGUGUAUUGGUAAGUGCUAUUGAAAUGUUCCUCUGUUGACACUCAAAUCACAAACUUUGUUUUUUGUAUCUCAAUGUUUCUGUGUGCUUUAUAGCGAAGCAGCCGGCGCGAGUCGAUUGUUCAUUAAACACCUAAUGAAAGUUGAGAGCACAUCCCACGGGACAACCGGCUGUGCUUGCUUACGUUUGGUUCAUGACUUAAAAAACAAGCGCAGGAGUCAUUCCUGAUGAAUCUAAAGCUAUGUCAUUGCUGGCUCCGGCCAACGCCGUGGCGGGAAUGAUGCCUGGGGGGGGCCUCCUUCCAACACCCAAUCCUCUGUCUUCUGUGGGAGGAACAUCGUUUGGUGGUCUCGGAGCUCCCAACUUGGAGCAAAUGGCUGCAAUGGGAAUAGGACCUAACAUGAACCCACAGGCUCUCUCUACGGACUUCCUGAAGCUUAUACAGUCCAUGGAUCCAAAGUUGAAUCCACUUGCAGCUGGCCUGAAUCCAAACCCUGGCUUGAAAAAUGACAGUUCCAACAAGGAAAUUGAAGAGGCCAUGAAGCGAGUCCGAGAGGCCCAGUCUCUCAUUUCUGCUGCCAUCGAACCAGGAAGUAAGAAAGAUGAUAAACGAAAACGAUCUCGCUCACGGUCACGACGCAGACGCUCCAGGUCUCGCUCAAGGCACCGGCGCUCCCAUAGCAGGUCUCGGAGGAGGUCACGUUCGAGGAACAGGAGGAGGUCCAAGAGCCCACGGAGAAGAAGGUCUCACUCACGAGAUCGAACCCGCCGCAGCAGAUCAAGGUUCACGUCGCAAAUAGACAGGAAGGAGGAAAAGUCCAAGAAGAGGUCAAAGACACCACCCAAGAGCUACAGCAGUGCAAGGAGGUCUCGCAGUGUCAACCGGAGGCACCGGCGAAGCCGCAGUGUAUCCAGGUCUCCCAAGAAGCACUUGACAAGGUCUCCAUCGCCCAGACGGCACAAGAAGGAGAAGAAGAAGGACAAGGAUCGUGAGAAGGAGCGAGAUCGAGAGAAGAGAGAGCACAGGGACCAAAGUAGAGACCAGAGAGAACGCUCAUCCAGGAAGAGGAGCAGAGACAACGAGCGUGACCGCAAGUCAGACAGUGAAAAAGGCGAUGUCAAGGUGACGCGGGAUUACGACGAAGAGGAGCAAGGCUAUGGCAGUGAAAAGGAAAUGGACGAGGAAGAUGAUGACGACGACGAGAGGAAGAGUGACUCUGACUCCGCCUCAUCGCCCAAGGGUCUCGACGAGAUGGGGAGAGGCCGAGGCCCCGCCCACAAAAAGUCCAAAAUUAAUGGAGACGAUCACCAUCAGGAAGACAUGGAAAUGAGCGACUAAAAUAAUUCAUUUUACAAGGCAUUUUUUUUUCGUAGGAUACAAAUUACUGUGCCUGAUCAAUUGAAGUACAAACAGUAGAGGUGUAGAAUGAAGGCGUUAUGUGUAUAAUAAGAUAUAGUUAAAAAGAAAUCUGUACUUUUCGUGCUCAAGUGUCUCUUGUCACAGACUACAUUGAUUGGUUUUCAGUUGCUUGGAAAAUUUCAUGUCAGGAUGAUUCGUCUUGACAAGUUUAAAAUGCUCCUUUCUGAUUAUUUAGCCUUUCCCAUCACACACCUAGUCACUUACAGUACAUUUCAACUCCUUUAUAUGUGUACGUAGAAGUUUGAUAGUUUUCAAAGGAAACUAAUAAAAUUUGACCAAAUUAA